GGAUUUAAAGUGAAGAGUCUUGUUAGCGCCACCUUUAGUCUUCUUCACAGCUGAGAUGAAGGCUGCGCGGAUUGUCCUGCGAAACGCGGCUCCUUUGGCGGCUGCUGCUGGUAAUGGUAGCGGGGCCGGAGCCGAAACAACCAAAGAGGUGGAACGCUUAUCGCGUUUCUCUCCGUCGCCGCUUUCUAUCAAACAGUUCCUGGAUUUCGGUUCAACAAAUGCAUGUGAGAAAACCUCAUUCUCAUUCCUUCGGCAUGAACUUCCAGUUCGGCUAGCAAAUAUUUUGAAAGAAAUUGAUCUCCUUCCUAGUCUAUUAUUGGAUACAAGUUCAGUACAGUUAGUAAAGGAUUGGUAUAUUCAAAGCCUACUGGAACUAGUGGAAUUUCAAGAUAAAAAAUCAGAUGACCACAAAGCUCUUUCAGAUUUCAUAGAUGCCAUUACUAAGAUCCGAAACAGACAUCAUAGUGUAAUACCCAUGAUGGCACAAGGGGUAUUAGAAUACAGAGAUUCCUCUAAAAUGGAUUCAUGCAUCAAUCACAAUAUUCAGUACUUCUUGGAUCGAUUUUACAUGAACCGGAUAUCUAUUCGAAUGUUAAUAAACCAGCACACAUUUAUAUUUGAUAGCAGUAAUGUGUGUAACCCACGGCAUAUUGGAUGCAUUGAUCCUCGCUGUGAUGUUGUGGAUCUGGUGUAUGAUUCUUUUCAGAGUUCUCAGAUGCUUUGUGAUCAGCACUAUUUUGCUUCUCCAGAGUUAAAGCUUACUCAAAUAAAUGCAAAAGCACCUGGAGAGCCUAUUUACAUAGUAUAUGUACCUUCUCAUCUCUUUCAUAUGCUGUUUGAACUGUUCAAGAAUGCCAUGAGAGCAACAGUUGAACAUCAGGAAAAAAAAUCUUCUCUUGAUCCAAUUGAGGUGACUGUUGUACUUGGAAAAGAAGACCUAACUAUUAAGGUUUCUGACAGAGGUGGUGGAGUUCCAGUGAGGAUAAUCGAAAAACUCUUCAGCUAUACAUAUUCUACAGCACCAAAGCCUGUGAUGGAUAGCAAAAAUACUGCUAUGGCUGGAUUUGGUUAUGGAUUACCGAUUUCUCGUCUUUAUGCUAAAUACUUUCACGGAGAUCUCAAUCUGUACUCUAUUUCGGGGUAUGGAACAGACGCUGUUAUCCACUUAAAGGCACUUUCUGCAGAAUCUGUAGAGAAACUUCCUGUUUUCAAUAAAUCUGCAUGUAAACAUUAUCAGACCUCAGUAGAAGCAGAUGAUUGGUGUGUUCCUAGGCAAAAAACAAAUUUGUCAACACAGAACAUUGUUGUGUGAAGAUUACAUUUGUCUAACACACUGAGAUGGGAUCAAAUCAGUUUCAGAAGGGAUUAAUGAAGUAAAUUACUUGAAGUCACUACUGUUCAAUACGAAGACUUAGAUGAAAAAAUAUAUAUUGAAUGAAUUCUACAACACAAUGUAUAAAUGCUAUGUUUGUACAAUGUAAACUAUUAGAAGAAUCAAAGGGAUGAUACACAUAUUGGUCUUCUUGAAGUCUAUAUGGUAAUACACAUAUUGGUCUUGAAGUCUAGAUUAACACUCCAAAUGUUUGCAGAUACCUAUGUUUUGGUAUGUUCAAAAAUUGCAUGUUUUGUGUGAAUAUCAACACAAAAUAAUAUUUUUUUUCUUAUAAGAGUUACUUAUAUGUUAUAUUUACAGCCUGUGGGAAAGUCUAGUUGAACAUUACUUUGUUACAAAGCAUAAUCUUAAAAAGAGAUAUGAUAUAAUGGUGAAUUCCAAAUAGUUAACUUUACUUGAAUUUUCACAAAUUGCUAUAUGUGAGCACAAUAUCUUUCAGUUGUUUUUCAAAAUAUUGGAUUAGAAUAUGAAUGGGAAAUAAUCUGAAAAUAUUAAGAAAGUUAUGGGUAUCUAUUAUGAAAGUAUUGAUCAGAAAAUAGUAGCUAUAUGACUUCUAGCUAUGUAUAUUGAGGAAAUGGAAAACUAUGAAGGAUUUUCAAAAGAAUUGAAAUGGAUGGGAUUAGGUCAUUCUUUAACUGAAUAGGAUAUGAGGCUAUCAGUAAAAAGAAGCAACUUUUGUUAAUGGAAUUGUUUAUGCAACCAUCAAUUUGGAAUGAUUUCAUAAUAUGGAUUUAGGUUGUAUUUGAUACUUAAUUUGACAGCCUCCUUCUGUUCUUCAAAUAAAAUGCAACUUUAAAAAUGUAUUGGAGGUCUUUCAUAAGAGCGUAAUGAUAAAUAGGCUGGUGGAGCAUAUAAUAUCUACAUUUUUAAGAAUUUAGGAAAUACAUUAACAAGAAAAAUAAUUAUCCAUGCAGCAGCAAAGAGUGACAAUGGUAAAAUAUUUUGUGAAGAACUGGUUGUAAAAAUACUCCGUUUAAGGAAUUAGUGCUUCUUAAAACCAAGAAUUAAGGGCCCAGCUAGUAUUAAUAUAGAUUGUCCCAUCAUUUCUUUUUAAGACAGAAUUGCUAAAGAGCUAAUCCUAAUACAUUUUAAGGAAUUAUUGUGACAAUUUCACAUUGAUUCUUAUUUAUGGCAGUUUUAUCACUGCUGUAUUUGCUAAUGUCCACUUUUGCAUGAAUUCCAGAUUCAUGUAAGUAUUCCCAUCCAUAUGAGACUCUUGUGUGUAGUUGGUACAGUGUUCCAACAAAGGCUUAGCAGUUAAACAUUUAUGAAACAUUGAAUGUUUUCUGCUGAAAAUAUAGUGCAAGUAUUGAAUGUUAACUAUUAUUAGGUUCUAAUUAUGAAAAAGAAAUCUAGUUGUUAUACUAAUAGCAAGUGCAUAGUUGGUAAUCAGAGUGCAGUAAAAAUACUUCUGAUGAGAUAUUUAUGGAUUACUUGAGCGGGUAUCACAAGCGGUAUCAAGGUAAUAGCAAUAGUACAGAUUUUAAUCCAAAAUUUUGGUUGUUACAAUAAUACUUAUUACUAUGAUACACUUUGACCAGUAUAGUAUAUAACAUAAAAAGUUGCUUUGCUAAUAUUGCUGCUGAUCUGCUGCAUGGUCUUGCAGAAGAGCUGGAGACUUUCUGGAAUAAGGAAUCAGCCAAAGCCUUAGACAGGAUUGCGCUUAUGCACAAAACUCCCCAUGAUUUAUGGAGGGGAUGAGGGAGCUGAAAAGGGUCAAGCAAUCUGGCAAGAACAGGAUGGAUGUGGUGCAUCCAAUCUUGUCCUUCUUGGCAGCUUUCAUAUUUUUGACUCUGGCAAUCUUUUGGGCUAACUUAGAGAGUUGGGGGAUGGGUGGAACAAUUUUGUGCUGGCUCACCUCCUUCAUCUGCUGUUUGGUGUUGAUAGGGAGUAAGAGAUCCACUUAAGGCCUCUGUUUUAUGGGAUACCAUAGGGUUCGGUUCUCUCUCCAUUCCUUUUAAACUUCUACAUGAAUUUGCUGUCUGGGAUCAUCUGUCACCAUGGGAUGAAGUAUCACUAAUAUGCUAAUGAUACCCAGUUAUAAAUUUCAGUUCUGGGGAAAGUAGAUGAUUUAAUAGAUACCUAGAGGCUAUGGGGGCCUGGAUGAGGAAGGACAGAUUUCAGCUGAACCCUAGUAAGAUAAAGUGGCUAUCGGUGGGUCCCUCUGUAUCCAGGAGCUUAUCAUUUUGGGUGGAUGGAGUUGCACUACUGACAGACAUGGUACUUAACCCUCCUGGACUCACACUCCUGCUCAAAGAACAGGUGGCAACCAUGGCUAGGAAGACCGUUGCUCAAAUUUGUAUUGUGUGACAGUUAUGCCCUUUCCUAGAUAGGAAGGUUCUCUGCUUGGUCACUCAUGUCCUGGUCAUCUCUUGUUUAGAUUAUUGCAUAGCAUUGUACAUGAAGCUAUCUUUGAAAAGUAUCCAGAAGCUUGAGCUAGUACAGAAUGCAUGAAUAGUUUUGGAUGCCCAAAGAAGGGUACAUGCAAUACCUUUGCUCCAUGAAUUGCAUUAGAUGCCAGUUUGCUUUCAAUACAACUGAAGGUAUUAAUUAUGACCUAUAAAGCCCUACAUGGCCUAGGACCAGGCUACCUACUGAAGUAUCCUUGUACGACCCAGUAAGGCAGGGAAGAUAUGUUGCAUAUAUGUUAUCAAUUAAAGAACUUUGACUGGCCGGUCCAGAAAGAUAGCCUUCCCUGCGAUUGCCCCCAUUCUAUGAAAUAUUCUUCCCCACCCCCAAAAGUGAGGUAAGUCACCACUAUCCUGGCCUUUUGAAAAAGAGUUAAAACAUUGCUCUGUGGGGAACCCAGAGGAACACAGGGCUGGCUAGUGCCCUGAAAGUCCUCCCUUAGCUUUUUAAUUAAUUUUAAUAGUGUUUUAUCUUCCUUGACUCUUUCUAAAUUUGUUAACUUUUAUAUUCUGUUUUUAUAUUUUAAUACUUUGUUGCACACCACCUACAGACCCUCUUUGAGGAAGAUGUGUGGUUAAAAAAUGUGAAAAUUAAAAAUAAAUUUUAAAAUAAACAUUGUUAAUCCAUGCACUGCCUCUACAAAAUUACUAAAGGUGCGGUUUUUGUGUUGUUAUCACAAUCUGUCUUUCUAAGUUACUGAAUAUUUUAAAGAACUUGUAUUGGACUGGAACAAAUAUGAGCCUACGUACACUUAAGAAUAUUUUUUGAGCAAAAUAAAGUUGAAUGUUGUUUUGUGUACAACACAUUUUAUCAAAAGCCUGCCAAAUGUAAGAAAACUAAGUAUUUUUAAUUUUAGAAUGAAUCAUUUCUGUCACAAUUUACAUUCUGGAACAGGUCACUUGAAAUACACUAUGCUUAUAAUAAAAUGUUUUUUUAAUAUU